CCACACCUUCACCUCCCCAGCAAGGCUUUCCCCGCUGCGUAAAUAGACCCUUUCUCUUUUUCUCUCCCUUUUCUUUUCUCCCUCCCACAUUCGCUCGCUCUCCGACUACUACGUCCAGCCCACCCCUCCCCCAACUAACGCGAUACCCACGCCAGACGUCUGCUUCCCCGCAAACUUUGACGUCUACAGCAGCGGCAACGACUAUUUCUCUCUCUUUCAAUUACCCUUUUCUUCUUCCUCUACCAACUGCGAGAUUGGCGUUAGCCAUGGCGCGAUGCUCGUAGCUGCCCGCGAGCCCGAGCUUGCGCUUCCUCGACAUCACGAUGCCGCCCUCCUCGAAGACCAGCACCUGCCCUCCGCGCCUUCCUCGAAAUCCCCCAACAUGGAAGCUGCCAACACCUCCGCCGAAGCAGUCGCGCCUGCGCCUGCGCCUGCUGCUCCACUACCCGAACUCCCCGAACUCCCCAUUGAAUCAGUCGACCCCGUCAACGAGCCUGCCGCAGAUGUUCUCUCCACCGCUCUCCCCCUCGACCCAACCGCUCCAAUUGACCAACCGAGCGUCCCUGUUCCCUCUACCGCUUCCGAUGCAAUGCCGAUGAUGGCCCCCGUCAUGCCAUCUCUCGAUGCGCCAAUUGCCCUACCCGAAAACAUGAUGGGCAUGGCCCCUGAAUAUUCCAUGAUGCCCGACAUGCCCAUAGACAUGAGCGCUUUCGUGCCGCCCCAGGGUGAACAGCGUUUAAGCGCAUUUGCUCGUCUGCGCUUUGACGACGGCUCCUACUAUAUGCAUACUUAUCAGAUCAUCUUGGGUCGCAAUGUACAGCUUGCUCACAAGGACAUGCGCCGUUUCGCAAAGGCCGAUCAACUCAAAGCCAAAGGCGAGCCUCACCGAGCGGAGGCCUUGCUCAAUGGGAAGCGCCGCAAACAGACCCGCGACGGUCCCAAAAGUGUCAUUAGCGAGGCCGGAGGCAUUGUGAAUGCGCCCAUCAAGUUGAUGCCCGCAGAGUAUCGCCAGCGCCACCAAAGCGUUCCCUCCCAAGCCCCCAGCACCGGAUCCCAUCCAUCCAAUGAAGAAGCUCGCAAAGAGCUGGAGCACGUUCCUCAGGACGUCAUCAUGCAGGCUUUUCCCGUGGCGCCCGACCAGUUCGAAAACUACGUGCCCGAGGACCCCGAAGAUUGCCCACUCGUUCCUAUACAUCCUCAGAACAUCACCGAUCGGACCGGCGCGCAUGGUCCCAAAGGUAUUAGCAGACAGCAUGCCAAAAUUUUCUACGACUUUGACCAGGGACACUUCCGGUUAAGAGUUCUUGGUACCAAUGGCCUGCAUCAUGAAGGGGUGUUCAUGGACAAGAAUGCGGAGGUCGAGCUCGGUCAUGGGGAUACCAUCCUCAUAGGCAUGGUGGAAAUGACUUUUUUCCUCCCCGAUAUCGCCCUUACCGAAGAACAGCGCAAUCGGGAGCAGGGAUCGGGCUCUCAGUCCCGCCCAAUGAGCUUCAGUUUUGAGAACGGUCAAGGCGAGAGCGAGGACAUGGAUGACUCUGCCAGCGAAGGCGAGAUGAGCAUCAACCCUCGCCACGUAUAUCAUCAGCCCCAUCUAUAUGACUCGGACGACGAGGUCAUGGGCGACGAUGACGACUUAGACGACCUAGACGAUGAUGACGAUGACGAUGAUCAAUACAGCCCCGUCCCACGCCCCAAAUCUCGACCUAGUUUGAAGAUCAAACUCAAGACGAAGAAACCUGUGCCACCUCCCAAGCCAAUCAAACACUCCAAAUUGUCAAAGCAUGCGCACUCGUCAAAACAUGCACACCACAAGCGCAGAGAGCGAGACCGUUCGCCAGAUGAGCCCCCUCCAAAGAAGAUCAAAAUCAAGACAAAGGAGUCACACAGGGAGUCACAUAAGGAUCAUUCUAGGAUUGAAAGAGAGAAGGAGAAAGACAGGGACAGGGACAGAGAAAAGCAUAGGGAUAAGGAAAAGAAUAGGGAUCGAGAGAAGCAUAGGGAAAGGGAAAAGAAUAAGGAAAAGGAGAAGGAGAAAUCCAAAGCCACCAAGAUCCCCUCCAAAGCACCCACCAAAAUUCCUGCAAAAAUACCAGCAAAGGAACCAGCUCCCAGCCCGAUCAAAGACGAGGCGCCGAAGACCGCCAGCCCGCCGAUCGAGAAUGCUGAAAGUGUAGAUAAGACGCCGUCUGUUAAACCCGAAAGCCCUCUUGCCACGCGCACUCCCGAUCUGGCUAAGCUCGACCUGGUGGUAGGGGAGGCUGGCGAUUUGGAAGGCAUCAUCACCGCAGAGAUCGCCAGGCGCCACAAUCUUCCCGAGUCGCUGAUCGGACAGCCUCUAGAGAAGCGCAAGGGUCCUGGUCGUCCUCCCAAGGAUGGUGUCAUGUCCAAGAGACAGAGGUCGCAGCUUGUCAAGCGAGGCAAAGAAAUCGAGAGGGCACAGGCAGCAGGUAUCGAUCCAGCCGAUCUGCCUCAACCUCCUGCGAAGCUCAAACCGCCGCGUCGAAAGGAGUCCAAUGCCGAAGACGAGGAUGUGCGGGAAACCACAGAGAGAACAGACGCCCCAGAUACUCCUGGCGACAAGAAACCACCCAAGUUAACCAAACCCGCCCGCACACCGUCUCCAGAAUUGCGCAUCGAAGACUUUACGGAAGAGCAGCUGGCACGACCCACAUCGAAUUAUGUUGUCCUUAUCCACGAAGCCAUCUCGUCCUCCGCGUCCGGACAGAUGAACUUGCAGCAAAUCUACAACUACAUCGAGAAGACGUAUCCUUGGUACAAAUUCAAAACGACAACAAGUGGCUGGCAGUCUAGUGUGCGUCACAAUCUCGGUCAGCACGAUGCUUUCGUUAAAGGCGACAAAGAGGGCAAAGGUUACAUGUGGAGAAUCAACCCGAAUGUUUCCAUCGAAAGAGAACGCAGAAAGAGGGCGCCUACUCCACCGACGGCCAAUCAUGCACAACGGCAAGGCUACUAUCACCCACCGAACGCAUAUCCCCCCUAUGGCCAGCCAGGCUAUUAUCCAGGAAUGCCUCCACACGGCAUGCCGCCUGCUGGUCCACCUCGCCCACCUCCUAGCGAGCCUCCUCAGCCUCGUUUGCCUCCCAGCAUGGCCCGAAAUGUGGGAUCGAGCGCAGCAACCGCUGCACCAACAGGUCCCGCACCUUCGCCAUAUGCUUCGCCAUGGGCUGGCGGUGGAGGCACUGCGGGCAGUCCCCCAGUCCAAAAUCACCCGCGCCCCUACCCACCGCCAAAUUCGCAUCCUAGCGGACAAUACGGCGUCCUUUUUCCAACAUCUGCUCCACCCGCUUCUUAUGGAAAUCAAGCAACUGCUGGCGCGUAUGGAAAUCACUAUGCUGCGGGAGGCCCGAGUCCCUAUGGCCCGCCUCCUCCGAAUCGGUAUAUGCCAUAUCCACCGCAGCCUGCUAGUUCCACAGCACCGUCGCCGCCUGUUCCAAAUGCGGCCCACCGUCCACCACCUUCUUCACAGCCGCAAGGGCAAGGCCAAAACCACCACCAUGAUAAUAGUAUUCCACAUCCCUCCGGCCGAUAUCCAGUAUCCAUCAAUCCCGAGGUCAUUCGCCACCUAGAGGCAUUCAGGACGGUAUAUCUUCAAACACGGAUCGAGCCGGGCGAGGAUGUCAAAGUCAACAAUGCCAUCCGUGCUUAUGUCAUGCCAGAGCUGGAAGCAUGUUUAACGCUCCCAGAGCAGAACUUGCUGAAAUCGAUCAAGACCAUUCCAAAGCUAAAGGAACUCAAGGACAAGGCAGAAGAUCCUAUCCCUGGCAAAGGAGCAGAUCCACCGCCUGUAAAUGGAACAGCUACUGUGGGUCAGUCCGCCGUGAAGGUCGAGGAAGCAGCACCCAGUGCUACUGUCGCAGCUAUUGCCGCUGUCGCCGCUGCAAAUACCGUGCCUAACACCACACCAUCGUCGACCCCUCAGGCUAAUGAGCCACACAAGUUCACACCGAAUAUGACUCCGCAGGCUCCGUCGGCCCCUAGCGACACCCCGCAACCACCCGCACAACCCCCUACGCAGCCUCCCGCUUCAACAGUCAUCACCAAUAUAGCGGCGGCGGCGGGUCCCGCGCGUGUGCAGGCGCAGAGGCCGAGCGUUGAGCCAUUGACUCCCCUUCCCGGAUCUCCAGCUGUUCAGGAUACUCCGCAGAUCAAGACUUCGGCUCCCGUAUCUGCUGCAACCACUCCCAAGCCUGCAUCUGAUGAUGCUGUGAGUGGUGCGCCGCCCCCUCCUGUUGAACCCGAGACGAAAGCAACGCCUGUUGAUACGACUGUCACGAGUGAGAAAGAAGGAUAG